CUUAAAGAAAAAACUAAUAAAAAAAAGUAAAAAAGAAAAUGAGGGAUAGCGAAGAAGAAGAAAAAUGGAGUCGAGAAACAAUACCAAAAGUGAUGAAAAUUAUAACAAAUCGACUUCCACAGCGAGAUCUUAUAUCUCUUCUUUUUGUUUCUUCUUCUAUUUAUCGUACUCUUGUUUCUACUCCUUCACUUUGGCUGGCUGUUGAUUUGCGUGAGAUGAAUAAUGCUGGAGAUAGACUUAUAGCUGCCCUUUCUCUUACAAGAUAUCAUCAUGUGAAAAGGAUAGUUCUCGAGUUUGCACAAGGCAUUGAGGAUAAGCAUCUAGACACUCUUAGAAACAAGUUAUCAGGUUCCCUGAAAGAUCUGGAGCAUCUAAAUUUAAAUGGCUGCCAAAAAAUUUCUGAUAAGGGAAUUGAGGCUAUAACCGAAGCCUGUCCGUCUUUGAAAAUCUUCUCAAUUUACUGGAAUGUAAGACUUUGCUUCAGGGUUACAGAUGCAGGCAUAUCACAUCUGGGGAAAAACUGCAAGCAUAUUGUUGAUUUGAACUUAAGUGGCUGUAAGGGUAUAUCAGAUAAAAGUUUGCAAAUGGUUUCUGAGAAUUAUCCUCAUCUAGAGUUUUUGGAUAUCACACGGUGCAUCAAGAUAACAGAUGGUGGCUUGCAACAUAUAAUAGUCAAAUGCUCUGGUCUUAAAAGUCUGAAUCUUUACGCACUAUCAAGCUUUACAGAUGGUGCUUAUAAGAAAUUAUCGCUUUUAUCCCAUCUCAGAUUUUUAGAUCUUUGUGGUGCCCAGAAUUUAUCUGAUGAAGGGCUGUUCUCUAUCGCCAAAUGUAAAGAUAUCCAUACCCUCAAUUUGACAUGGUGUGUACGUGUUACUGAUGUGGGUGUCAUAGCCAUAGCCAAAGGUUGCACGUCUCUUGAAUAUCUUAGCUUGUUUGGAAUUGUUGGGGUUACUGACAAGUGCUUAGUGGCGCUCUCGGAACACUGCUCAAACUCAAUUACAACACUUGACGUGAAUGGAUGUAUUGGCAUUAAGAAACGUAGCCAUGAAGAACUUGUUCAACUAUUCCCAUAUGUGCGGUGCUUCAAGGUUCACAGUUAAUUUAUGGUCCCCUCAAAUUAUAUAUUCUGAAAAGACAAAAGGUUCUUGAACCAUUACAUGAACUGCAUGAUUUUUCACCCUUCAUACAUUUUGAACCCUUGAGACAAGCUUCAGUAGUCCAGUUUGUUGUAUUCCAAAAGUUGCAUAAUCUGGUUGUAGUACUUGAGCUGGUAUCUAAUGGUAAUUUGUAUAACUAUUGUAUUUGUAUAUGAGACUUUUAUAUCCUUA